AUGAUGAAGAUAGUAGGCCGUUAUUGACUUUCUUUUACCUGCACGUUUUUAUGAUGAGAGACAUGUCGGUUUCCUAUGUCGGUGAUAUGCAGGGACGUGGCUUCCAUUUGGCUAGGAACGACAGGUGGGAAAUGAGAGCUUUAGACGGGUCACAACGAGGUGUCACGAGAAGACUAUCUUAACGCUCGACUCUUCUUUCUUCCUUUUCUUCGUAUCCCGCCGAGUCAGGUUACUAGUUGACUCUUCACAUAUACCUUGAAGCCUCUAUAUUUCUCUUCAAAUUUUCCAAAUCCAUCACUCUCUUUCAGAUUCUGAAGUCCACUGACAAGUCUUUUCCCCGGAUCUCGAGCUCUAAACCAAACUGAGCCCUCAAAUUUCACCAAAAUGCGUUUCUUGACCUCAACAAUCCUCCUCGUCACUCUCACCUCCUCCUCCCUCGCUGCACCCCAACUUCUCGGCAGCCUAGGAAACGCAAUCGGCCAACUCCUCCAACAGAUUCCCCUACUCUCGACUCCUCCACCGGCCUUCCUGAUGACAACCCAACCCUCACCUCAAUGCGCCGACGUCAACAAAGGAGCUCUGCUCUGCUGCCAGAGCUCUUUCAAUGGCGACAUCCCGAUCUUUGUCCAGGCUGCUCCGUUGAUUGCUUAUAAGUUGAAUCCGAACAGUAUCAACUGUCUUUACGGAACGAGGAACUUCACGGACUGUGGCCGAGGUGUGGAGUUGUGUUGUCAAGUUGAUCAACUUGCCACUACUCCGAUUAGUGAUAUUGUCAGUCUCGCUUUGUAUUGUAACACACCAUCUCAGAACGAGUCUUCGGUUUGGACUCCGAGUUCCUAGGAUGUGAUGCUUGGCUCUGUUUGUUUUCGGAGUUGUGGUUUGACUUUGUUGCUUGUCGUGGAUGUUCUAUGGCGGAAAGACUGUGAAUGUGACUUAUUCAAACCUUGCUUCUGAUCUGGUUGGUGUUGGUAGUGGUUUGCCGAUUGUUCAUUUCGGGAUAUUUGCUUGACUGAACUUGAUAUGACAAUACAAAUAAUGUUUUGAUAGACGCAGUCUACUUGAGUUGGAGUUGAAAACCAACAAUGGCAAACCUAUUCGCCUCAAGCUCGACAUUAAGCAUCCUGAGAUACUGUACCUACCCUUAAAGAAUUAAAAAGCACGUGAUAGCAUCC